UCAAAGCUGUAACGCCCCUUUUAUACCCUUUCCACCUCCAAUAAGAAGCUCCUUGCUGGUCAUUUGCGCGCUCCUUAAGUCCUGGCUGUUAGCAGGCUUAACCUCCCCCGCAGGCUCAUCUUUGAUUUGGUCUUUGUUUGGGCCGUUAAAUUAAAUAUCCUUUCCGAGUCGCCUGACCUCUGUGCCCAUCCCAGCUGUCCAGAGGACAAUGCCAGCACUUCCAGUCAUUUCCUUAAUAGAAAUCUUAUCUUUUGUGACGCCUUCGCCGUGCGCCUAAGCCGGAUAUCGCACCUUUGACAUCUGCCCCUUGGCUCCUUGGACAAAGCAACUCAGUGCUGAGCACUCAUAGAACACUAGCUUCCGGUCCGGCUUUUUGGGAGAAAAUCAUUUGGAAAAAUUGGGUGUUUAUUUAUGCCAACAUUAGAAGACGAACGACCAUGAGCUCUUGCUGUGGAACUCAGACGCCGCGAUGUUGUGAGUGUCCGCCCGGCUUGAGGCUGGAGAAGAACCCACAGGCGCCCAUCUUUGACAUGCUGGGUCCGCAUCCGGACGAGGUGGUCAUGACGAUCCUGGAUCGCAUCCUUUACCUUUCGGGUGCCACAAAAAUAAUUCCCAUGCUGGAGUUGGCUUCCUAUGGGCCUGCUCUUAAAAAGGAAUCCUGUACACCGCCAUCCACCUGUGCACCCAGCCCUUGCACUUCCAUCAGCAGCUCGGCUCAUCCUUCGUCCUCGAUGUGGAAUACCUGCUGCUCCCAGCCACCGAGUAGCUGUUGCCCCAAACCGACGAGCAGCUGCGGCAGUGGAAAGACUGCAGUGCCCUGUAGUCCCAAGAUUUCGCCAGUGCCCUGCACUCCAAAGUCCUGCUGUAAGACCUCGAGUCGUCUAAGUGCCGCCGCCUGUUGCCCCAGGCAGCGAACUCCUCGGGUGGACUUUGAUCAUCCGGCAGAGAUUAUACCCAUGAGGAAGAAGGCAGGCAGUACGACAAUUAGGGAACGCAUGGAGCGCAUGGAUCAGUCGAUUUCCACUUGCUCGGUGGCCUGUCAGCAGCUGAAAACCAAGCUGGCAUCCACGGAAUCUUCCGCUGGCAAGGAUCAAAAGUGGCUGUGGACUCGUUUGAUACGGAGCAAUAAUGGCUGCAUGGUCUACGAGGUGUACAAGGAAUCCGAUGGGGACAACUCACCCUCCAGGAUCGGAUCGGAAUCACCCAUCAUCCUUUUUCUGGUCAUGCCGAAUGGUUAUAUUAUGCCUUUUGAGUCGAUUGGUAGUCCUUAAAGCAGAAGGGUUUGCACAUAUUGUAUGCGCUAUUGCAUACUUUUUUCAUUGUGCGGUCAAUUUGAAAUAUAUACUUUUACCCAGAUUAGUU